GUUACUUCAUUCUACAGGGUGUUUGGUUAUGACCCAACUGGAUUUGGAUGCCUUCUUAUCAAAAAAUCUGUGAUGGGAAGCCUUCAAAAUCAGUCGGGGCAUGCUGGGUCUGGUAUAGUAAAAAUUACUCCUGUUUUCCCCUUGUAUUUGAGUGACUCGGUUGAUGGUUUCCCUGGAUUGGCCGAGGAUGAUGAAGCGGGAGAGGACAGUGAAGCAAAUGCUGAAACUCGGCCAGGAUCUCAGUUGCCAGCCUUUUCUGGUGCUUACACUUCUGCUCAGGUCAGGGAUGUAUUUGAGACGGAGAUGGAGCAUGACAACAGCUCCGAUAGGGACGGAGCAAGCACGAUAUUUGAAGAGACAGAAAGCAUUUCUGUUGGGGAGGUAAUGAGAAGUCCAGUCUUUAGCGAAGAUGAAUCAUCUGAUAACUCCCUGUGGAUUGACUUGGGCCAGAGCCCCUUGGGAUCUGACGGUGCUGGGCAAUCCAACAAACAAAAGAUUGCCUCUCCAGCACCCCCAUUUUGGUUUGCCGGCAGGAAGAAUAAUAAAAGGCUCUCUCCCAAGCCUUCAAAGAUUUCAAGCAGCCCAUUGUAUGACACCGGGCGGCAUGACGACAACCAUGUGCUAUCAUUUGAUGCAGCUGUUCGGUCGGUGUCUCAAGAAUUGGACCACUUCAAGGAGAUUCCUGAAGAAGACCAGUUUGAUAAGAGAAGCCCAGAGAUCGAGGAAGAACCAGAGACCAGCAAACCGGGUCACAUGUUGAUUUCUGCUGUAAGGGGAUCUGGUCUGGACAACUCAACUUCAAUUUCUCGGCAUCAAACCCUUGAUAAUGGAUCAAUCUCUGAGAUAUGCCCGGAGAUUAAAGAGAGUGCUAUAAGAAGAGAAACUGAAGGUGAGUUCAGGUUAUUGGAAAGGAGAGAAGGAAACAGAUAUGCAGGUGGUAGAUUUUUUGGUAUAGAAGAUGCUGAUCAGCCUGGAAGCCGGGGAAGACGUGUAUCCUUCAGCAUGGAAGAUAACCGUAAACCUCGUCUGAGCCAUACACUUGAGCCUGGGGAAUUGUUAGCAACAAGUUUGGAUGAUGACGAGUACCUUAGUGAUGGGGAUUAUGAUGACGGGCAAGAGUCGGACAGGAGAGAACCCGAGAUAGCAUGCAGGCAUCUUGAUCACAUAAACAUGUUAGGUCUCAAUAAAACUACUCUCCGGCUAAGAUAUCUUAUCAAUUGGCUAGUUACCUCGUUGCUUCAGUUAAGAUUUCCUGGUUCAAAUGGGGAAGACAGUUCACGGCUGGUUCGCAUCUAUGGUCCGAAAAUCAAAUAUGAGAGGGGUGCAGCUGUUGCAUUCAAUGUGCGAGACAGAAACAGGGGCCUCGUGAGUCCUGAAAUAGUUCAGAAAGUGGGUGAGUCACAUGGUAUCUCUUUGGGCAUUGGUAUCCUAAGUCAUAUACGGAUCUUAGACAGCCCAAAACAGCAGCAACGAUCUCUGAGUCUUGAUGACACUACCCUUUGCAAACCAAUGGAAAAUGGCAAGCAUGACGGUAGAAGUGGGUUUGUCAGAGUCGAAGUUGUCACUGCUUCACUUGGCUUCCUCACUAAUUUUACUGAUGUCUAUAAGUUGUGGGCUUUUGUGGCUAAAUUUCUUGACCCUGGCUUUAUUAAAGAAGCUGGACUCCCGCCUGUUGCAGAAGAAGAGACCGAGGCAUGAAGCUUGAGGCUGGUUUAAUAGCUUUUACUCCUUUUGUUCCUAACCUAAGAUGCAGGGAUGUAUCGCCGACCGUAAGUUCACUCUGAUGAAAGUUCAGGUUCAAGAGAAACAAUGAAAGGUCUGAGAUGUAUUCUUUUGGCCCCCCUGUCUCUUUUUCGAUGCAUGUGGGAGAAUUUUUUUCAUUCUUGUUUUUAAUUGCUUGAAUGUUUCUUUCUUUACCUUUUUUGGAGUUCCUGUAGAGUUGGGAGUUAGAAAUCUGUAUUUUCUCAGGUAGUCAUGAAUCAUGAUGAACCAAAGCAGAUAUAAGCAGGGGUUAAAUGAUCCCUUUCCACCAUUUGCCCUAUUGCUUCUCAGCUGUGUAUAAUGAUCAUUCAUGCUUGCUCAGUCUCUUAUACAGUCUCUUGUCUUUGCUCCUG